GAUCUCGUGAGUACGUUGUGAUCCGACGUUCCGACGAUUUUUCGAUACACAAACUCUUUUACAAAUACAAUUUUGUAUGAUAUCGGAGUGUUCUGUUAGUAAUUGGACAAUGAAAGAUCAUUGGUUUCGUGUAAUCAUGUAAAGUGGUGUGGAAGGAGGACUUGGUGCCGUAGGGUACCUUGAAGAUGGUGACUUUAAUGCCUUGCAAUUAUCUUAACGCACAAAAUAGGUGCACAAUGAUCGACAAGAUGUGUGAACCAAAGGUGAAGCGGUCCAGGGAAGAUGGUGAUUCUCCAACAGAAAAAGAAAGGUUAAUAUGCGAUUCUGCCUCGAGCCCUCAAAGUGGCCGGUCUUCGUCAACAUGUGGUUCUCCUACGCCUAUUACGGCGGCGACAACCGUGAUACACCCUGCGCCAACGGAUCCCCUUUCGUCAUCGUCGCCCCCCGCGUCGCUACCAACCGCCAACUUCACCCCUGCCUGGUCGCUACUGGAUACCCAAGGUGUCAAGACAGAGAUCAGAAGUCCCGGCUUAGCAGAAACUGAUUGUGUAGCAUCUACGCAGGAUUCUGCUUCUUUUUUUAGCACUUCGAUAGACUUAGGCAAUCUUUACGAUAAAGAUUACCAUCAAACAUAUUCAGCAGCACAUUCUUAUUACAAUAGUAUUCAACCAAGUUAUGGAUCGUCGGGCGCCACAACUCCGUACAUCAACUCCGCAGCGUCGUUUUACAAUAACUCCUCGUAUCCUUACUCAGGACUAAACUCUUCAAGAGUUUUAAAUCCAGCCUGUAAAGUAAGCGCAGGCUACAUUACGUCUUCGUACUCAACGCCAAGUUCACAGUUCAACGCAGCAGGACAGUCUAGUCAGUAUUCUUCUUACGCAGCUUACACUGCACCUGGAGCUUCCUCUUUCACACAAGGAUUUUCAGCACAGGGAGUGGAUUAUAGCUCAUAUGGAUCAACUUAUCCAGAUUCACAAACUUCACAAUUUGCUUCAGGUUAUUAUGCUCAAAGUUAUUCGCCAUACGUUAGUUCACCAAGUUCCAGUGGUAGUCUAGGAACUACACCGUACCAAUUAACUUCACCUUCAAUUUUAGAUAAUUCACCUACUGGUAUAUCACUUGCUGAAGGCUCCACAUCCCCCAUAAAACAAGAAAACAUAAAAAGAUCAAGAGACUCAUCAGGAAGCUUAAGUUCCGAAUCAAGGACUACAAGAGGAAGGGGUAGAAGAACGAACACUGUUUCACCGACUACUCCAGAAUCUACAACAGAUAGGGUUUUUAUCUGGGACCUCGACGAAACUAUAAUAAUAUUCCAUAGCCUUUUAACUGGAAGCUACGCUACAAAGUAUCAGAAAAAUCCACAAAAUGUGGUACAGCUCGGUUUCAAAAUGGAAGAGAUGGUGUUUAACUUGGCUGAUACACAUUUCUUUUUUAAUGAUAUAGAGGAAUGUGACCAAGUUCACAUCGACGAUGUCUCUUCUGACGACAACGGACAAGAUCUGUCGAAUUAUAAUUUUAGUACUGACGGUUUCCAGUCAUCUAGUACAACGGGUAGUGGCAAUUUGUGUUUAGCAGCGGGUGUAAGAGGCGGUGUAGAUUGGAUGAGAAAGUUGGCUUUUAGAUAUAGGAAAAUUAAAGAGACAUAUAACAAUUACAGGAAUAGUGUUGGUGGAUUGUUGGGAGCAUCCAAAAGAGAGCAAUGGCUUCAAUUGAGGUCCGAAAUAGAGGCGGUCACUGACAAUUGGUUAACUUUGGCCAACAAAUGCCUAACUUUAAUUAAUUCUAGAACUAAUUGUGUAAACGUACUCGUUACAACGACUCAGCUCAUUCCAGCGCUUGCGAAGAUAUUGCUUUUUGGAUUAGGUGGCGUGUUUCCUAUAGAAAAUAUUUAUUCUGCUACAAAAAUAGGUAAAGAAAGUUGCUUUGAGAGGAUAGUAACGAGGUUCGGCAGAAAAUGUACUUACGUAGUUAUAGGUGAUGGUCAAGACGAAGAAGCCGCUGCCAAAGCUUUAAAUUUUCCUUUUUGGCGUAUAACCAGCCACAGUGAAAUCGCCGCAUUAUACAAUGCCCUUGACAUGGAUUUUUUAUGAUUUCAUCCAUUUUCACUUUCUGUGUAUAAAAUGUAUAUUUUAUAAAUACUAUUAUAAAUAUAAGAAUUUAAUCUUA